AAACAUUUUUAGCACACACGCGUUAGUUUGUUUUCCUUUUCUCCCCCUUUUUGCGGCUGAUAAAAUGGCCAAAUUGUUGGCUUUUUAUACGCUCUGCCCUGUCAAUGAUAGCCGGGAAUUCCUUGGAGUCACAGCUGAUGCUGAGGAUGGAUCCGUCAUCAAUACUUUGGGCAGAAAUAUCGUGAUAGUUACGAAGUUGAGUGAUCAGAAGCAAAUCCGCAGCUGGACGGUGUUGGAGAAACUCUCUAAUCGGGUAGUUUAUGAUGGUUCAUCCGGAAAGUAUGUAGGAGUAUUUGGGAAGAAAAUUCUCAAAUGUUGGACUGCCUCCGAGACAAAUCUCAAAAAAGUCAAGAAGAUUAAGUUGCAGAAAAAUGUGAGUGAUUUAGUGACUUUUGGGGAGAAACGUGAAACUUUGGUUGUCUUUGAAGAUGGAAGCUGUGCUGCCCUCUCAGCCCUCAUUGAUGGGCUGAGUCUCCCCGCAGAGGGACCAUUGAACACUAACACGGCAAUAGAAUCCCCGAAAAUCUUCCCAACACCCACUGGGGAGCUUCUUUUUGUAUUUUUCACGCGAGAUUUGACGACGGAUUCCGUGGAGCUUCGCUUCUCUUUCCUCGAGGAUGAUUCCCGGACACUUCAUGGGAAUUUCGGGAGAAUAAAGCUCAAUCGGGGAAUUCCAGGAGUCAAAUUGGUGGGAUACGAAGUGACAGAAGGUCCCAUGUUGGUGACAAUUUGGUCGGAUAGAAGGAUUUUCCGGAGAAAGGUUAAAUUUGACGAAGACGACACUCCCGGACAAUUCACAUUUAUGCUAAAUGCUGUAAGUGUGGAGCACCCGCUGAGCAUUGUGAGCGUAUCUAAGGACUAUCUGGCUAUCUAUGGAGCCAAUGUGGGUCAGGAGGGAGCAUCCCUGAUUCUCUACAACUUUUACUUCAACGUCAUCCAGGCGAAACAAUUCUUCAAAGUCUACUUCGGCAAUUCUCGUCUCUCAGUCGUUGGCAAUAAUAUUCUCCUGGCUGCUGGGCAGGUACUGGCUGUUGUUCCCUUCCGGAUACCACAAGCCUACCUCGCGGAUAUGGUGGGAAGUCAGAAGAGCCCAAAGAAGGACAAAGAUAUCGCUCGUGACUACGUGAAUGAGGAUGAUGAGCUCGAAAAAGCCAUUGAGAGGGAUUCACAGGAAUUCGCAGCUAAACAAAGCUUCCAGAAUGAAGAAGCAAAUCCCGAGCAUGACAAGGAUUCCCAAAGAACUAACAAAGGGCCAUCCCUUGUUGCUUCUGAGGUGAAAAUGGAUGAAAAACUGAGCGCUCUAAGGCGAAGAGAUAUUGUUGUGGAAUUCCUUGAGAUUGAAGAUCAAGAUGGGAUUGAGGUGAAGGUCUUCACAAACCCAAAUGCAACAACAUUCUCAAGGGAUGAAUUUGAAUUUCUCGCCAUGGAAUUAGAAGCUUCGGGAGCAUCAGAAUUGGAGAUUUCUUCAAAAAUUAUCACUUUAGCCCUUUCCGGGAAUGUUCCGGAAGAGGCACAGAAGUGCCUAAGAAGGUAUUCCUGCAUUCCAGAGGAAAAACUAGUGAGCUGCCUUGUUUAUGCGAUGAAAAAGAAGAAUUGGGACUUCCUCAUCACAGUGCUCAGUGUGGAUUUUAGCCAUGAGGAUCUAGUUGGGGAAUUGCGGAAUCAGCUGAAGGAAGAAAUGAUUUAUCCGCUCAUGAAGCGUCUGCUGAAGAUUUUGGAGAGUAAGCAGCUUGAGGAGCAUCCAACACCAGCUGGAAGCCUCUGGGAUGGAGAUGCGAGGAUUCUGGAGUGGUUCUCAGCCCUUCUCGAUGCACACUUCCAACACCUCGUGAUGCGUGAUGCGGAAAAGACGCGAAAGUGCUUGGAAAUAUGGAAAAAGGUCCUCGCUGGCUACUGGAGAGCCAUUAACGAGGCAAACGAUUUCUCCGCCACACUGCGUAGCAUCAGCAAUAACAAAGCUCCCGCCAGGACGCAAAAAGCUUCCAAAUGGUACUCAAUAGACCUUGUUCAGCUCUAUUAGCUUCCGGAUAUAUUUUAUUUAUAAUAAAAAAUGAUUAAUACAUUUUAAUAUUAAAAGGCUUCAUGGCCUUGUGGAA